UAUGUGCUUCUAGUGCCUUUUCUCUUACCCUGAACGGACUUUACCCGCUUGAUUUGUGCGUGUGUCUGAUCAGGCCUCGCCGGGUUGGAAAUAAGCGGACGAUUAGCUGGAGUUGAAAGUGAAUAUGUAACAUACAGCAAUCAACAUGACAUCCAGAUUUGGUAAAACAUACAACCGCAAGGGAGGCGAGGCUAAUUCAAAAUUUGAAGAAGUUUUCUCUAAUAAAAAGCCCACUCUGACUACCAAAUGGGGAGAAACAACCUACAAGGCUCAGGUGGGCUCUAAAAGGCCUCUGUUAAAUCCUGAUAACCCUGACGUUCCCAAAAUACCCAGGCUUGAGGACAGUGACGAUGAAGAAGACCCAUUUGGUUUUGACAGUGAUGAAGAAUCCAAGACUUUAAUCUCCCACAGUGUGUCCGAAACUAACAUUGCAGAAAAGAAUGUAACAAAAACUGCUGAAGUGCAAAGUGGAGUGACUGCUGCUGUUUCGUCUGCUCAAGGCUCUGCAAGUGUAACCGCUACAUUUGCAAAUAAAAUGGCAUCAGAGGAGAGUAUUACAAACAACCAGCCGUGGUACAAAAGUGCUUUAGAUGGAACUCAAAAACCUUCAAGCCUGACAUCUUUUGCAAACACAGUCCUUACUGAAAGCCAAAACGUUUCAGUGUCCCAGACACCUGUUUACUCUUCUAACUUAGACCCUACCUUAAAACAGUUGACUGAUGCACCGGGAGGCAGCAAAGACCUCCAAGCUACUUCUCAUGAUGGAUCUUUGUCAGAGGAGGUAAAGAGUGUGGAGCAGGAGCAUUCCACAGAGCCUCCACCACAACCAGUAGACAACAUUCCUCCCUCCCCAUUUACCCUAAGAUCCUCAAACUGCAAGAAAUACCAGCGGCCCAACCGACCUUACAAAAUGGAUUCAGAGCCCGCUGAAAGCAACAACGACAAACCCACUGAUACGAGUGCCCAAGAUAAGCCCAAUAGUCUUGUUCCUGCUAGCACAAGUAGUACUGCUGCCAGUGCUAAACCAGUAGCUAAGCCUGCAGGCAGAGGUGGUGGGAGAGUGCGGGACUACACCGUUCUGCACCCGUCCUGUGUAUCUGUGUGCAAUGUCACUAUUCAGGAUUCAGUUGAGCGAAGUAUUGAUGAACUGGUCCCCGCUGCUACCCCUGCUGACCUCGGAGAGGCAGGUCAAAUGAAGAAGAAGUCUGAUGGACAGCCAACCAAACCUACGAGGUUUAGACCCGCCCAGGUGAAAACAAAAAAGACUAAGACUGAGACUAAGCUGGAGUUUUUUGGCUUUGAGGACAAAGACGGCGAGGAGGAUGAGGAGAGUUCAGAGGGUGUCGCGACAGGCAAAAGUAGCUACAAGAUCAAGUAUUUUGGCUUUGAUGAUCUGAGUGAGAGUGACAGCGAUGACGAGAGCUCUCAGGUCAAAGAGAAAAAGGCCAAAAAGGCGGCUGCAGUUUUAGCUUCUCUGAGCUCCAGUGUGGACAGUCCUCAUACCAGUGACUCUCAGGACAGUCAAACCAGCAGUAACACAGAUGCGUUUGAGUUUUUAGAUGACUCCAGCCCUGGCAGCACUGAUGGGCAGAAAGGGCGACCGGGGAAGCCAAGUGAUAAAUCCAAGGACGCAGGCAGUGGAUUCAAAAAGAUUUUUAGCGGACCUAAAAAGUCCCAGUCUAAAGCUGUGUACAAUGCUCGCCACUGGAACCAACCAGAGCCUGAGGAGAUACCUGCGCCUCCACUUUCUCGAUCUCUUACUGCUCCGGCCACGUUAUCGAGCAACACCAAAGAUAGCAACUCCCAUAAAGAUGAUGGCGUCUUCAAAGCCCCUCCACCACCACCGAAAGUCAUCAAAUCAGAGACCAUGCCCACGCGACCCUACCAGGAUAUUGUGACGGCGGUAAAAUGCAGGAAGGAAGACAAAGAGCUAUACACCGUGGUGCAGCAUGUGAAGCACUUCAACGACGUGGUGGAGUUUGGGGAAAAUCAAGAGUUCACAGACGACUUUGAGUAUCUAGAAACGGGACUGAAGAGCAGUCAGCCGCUUAACACAAGAUGCCUUAGUAUAAUCAGCCUGGCCACACGGUGUGCCAUGCCCAGUUUCAGGAUGCACCUGCGGGCCCGAGGAAAAGUGGCUCAGGUCUUCAAAAUCCUCAGCGAUGCUCCACAACACCCAAACCUCGCUUUGUGCACGGCUGCCCUGAUGUACAUUCUGAGUCGAGACCGUCUUAACAUGGAUCUUGACAGAGCAUGCCUGGAGCUAAUGAUCAAACUGCUGGAGAUGGAUCAGGACUACUCAGGCAGCCAGGAUCAGCUCACUGAAAAGGAAGUGGCAAAGGUCAAAGAGAAGAUCAGGAAGCUGUGUGAGACUGUGCACAACAAGCAUCUGGACUUAGAAAACAUCACGGCGGGCCACCUUGCCAUGGAAACGUUAUUAUCACUGACCUCCAAGAGGGCUGGGGACUGGUUCAAAGAAGAACUACGGCUACUUGGAGGUCUGGACCACAUUGUAGACAAAGUGAAAGAGUGUGUGCAGAAUCUGAGCCAAGAAGAUGACAAAGAUAAUCUUGUAGCAGCUUUGUGGGGCGCUGAAAGGUGUUUGAGAGUGCUUGAAAGUGUGACAGUACAGAACCCAGAAAAUCAGAGUUAUCUGAUUGCCUACAAAGACUCUGAGCUUAUUGUCUCUUCUGCUAGAGCUUUGCGGUACUGUGAGGAUAUGAUCCAGAGGUACAGCAGAGCGCUAAACAACAGCUCUUUGUCGUCAUCGGGUGUAACACUGCCACACUGUAGCUUCAGCAACGUGGGGAAGGCUGUGGAGGACUGUAUGAGGGCUGUCAUAGGGGUGCUGCUCAACCUUACCCACGACAAUGAAUGGGGAAGCACUAAAACUGGUGAGCAGGAGCAGCUAAUAGUCACCGCUCUCAAUUGUGUCCUUUGUGUCCCGCGCUACAUCCCACAGGAGCAACGCUUCGACGUGCGAGUAUUGGGUUUGGGGCUCCUAAUUAACCUUGUGGAGUACAGCUCCAGAAACCGCCACUGUCUGGUAGAGAUGGAGUACAACGUGGAUGACACAUGUUUGGAAGACAGCCUGAUGCAACCUGCUGACCAAGCGCAAACUGAGGCCGCAGCAGUGUUAGCUGAGGCUCAGGGAGAUGGGGCCGACAUCCUGAAGUCCUCGGGAGCUUUGGCUGCCCUGGUGAAGCUCUUCCUCGAGAGGGAGCGCGCUGCCAUCUUGGCUGAGGCAAAGACGGACGACCUCAUCAGCGAGGCUCCCAAACCGGCGCAGGACCAAAGUGGAGAGUGGCAGGAGACGUCAGGAGAGAUCCAGUGGGUGGCGUCUGAAACCAACGACAGCCAACCUGAAAAGAAGGAGGAAGAGGAUGAAGAGCUGGACCUAAAUAAAGCUCUGCAGCAUGCGGGCAAGCAUAUGGAGGACAGCAUUGUUGCCUCCUACACAGCUCUGUUACUAGGCUGCCUCUGUCAGGGCAGCCAGAUAAAUGUGACUACUGUGAGAAAAAACCUUCCUAAAGGGGAUUUCUCUAUCAUGACAGAAAUGCUGAAGAAGUUCUUGAGUUUCAUGAACCUCACUUGUGCAAUGGGCACCACAGGACAGAAGUCUAUCUCACGGGUCAUUGAAUACCUGGAGCACUGUUAACACACAGUGAACCACAGUGAACUCUGCACAUUUAAAGGGAUUCCAGACCACCCUGGUCCCCCUCUCACAACCAACAGGAGCCACAAGGGGCCAAUGGAGUUGCACUUCCACAACUUGAUUGCUCAGAAGUCUCCCAGAUAAAUACUGUUGCGUUGUUUUUCAACUCGUAAGACCUUCACUCCCGUUUUCUGGAGCUUAGCCCGAACCAAAGCCCUGCUUGCUGACAAACACGCAAAUUCUCCGUCGCUCAACAAAACACAUUUCAAGAUUUCCGAUUCAUCCUCAGAAAAGAAUUACGCAGAGGCUAGGCUGAAUAACCCCACAAGCUUCUCAAUCAUCAGUGGAUUGUCAAGUGAAACGGACUCGAGGCAGACCUCCAUCAUGGUUUGACGACGGGCCACAGAGGAGGAGACUCCUGUUCACUGUCAAGUCGUGAUUUCUGGUUGCGCAGCCGGAGUGUGAAGCAUUGAAUCAGAUUUUAUGGAUCAUUACAUUUUAAUCUCUGCCUAUCUACGUCCAAGCCAAGGUUGAAAUAAUUGAUCAGCAGGGAACUCAAUCAUUUUCAUGGAUGUUAGAAUGAUGUCUAUAUGUAAGCCAGUGUGAAGCGAUUUUGAGUGCAGACAUCCAUUAACCUACGUUUGCUGUUAGACUGAAUGUUUAAGGGAAUGAGGAUUUUUAAGCUUUGGUUUUCAUGUUUGUGCCCAAAAAUUAUUUUUAGCUUUCGAUUCAUUAUGUUUUUGGGUUUCUCUUUAGUCCUUGAGGACUUUUAUUUUAUUUUUACCCCUCAAAAAAAUAAUUUUUUAGCUUGACACACCAGCCAUGUUUGGCUGUUCUCAGAAUGAGAAUGGCAAAAAUUAC